UGGAUGUUAGUUACACAACCUCAAUUAUAUUAUUUACAUUUACCAAAACAAGUAACUCACAGAAAAUAAUGAUUACAUGUUAUAGAAAACAAUAUUCUUAAAUAAAUUUGCUUUUAGCAAAUAAUAAUAUCAUUUUGGGGAAUGCAAUUAAGGAUAUUGUUUUGACGUUCAUUCAAUGCCAUUUAACUGACAGUUCGCGACAGCUAGUGCUAGUGACAGUGACAGAUAAAAUUUAUAGUGUUUGUGAUGAUGUAUCAACGAAUUUAUCGUCCAGAUUCGGAAUCGCGAAAAAAACAAAUAGAUACUUUAAAAAUAUACAAUGCAAAUGUUUUGGAAAUACAAGAAGGCAGCGAGUACCAGGUACUAUUCAAAUCAGGGAAAAAGGACUUCAUCAUUCAUGUAUCAUUGAGCAAUGAUUUUCCCAGAGACAAACCGAAGCUGAAAAUAUCUCCAAAUAUCUGUCACACAUGGGUGAAUGCAGAUGGUGAAAUCACUUCUGCUCCAGGAAUCUUAAAUUUUACUAACCACUUAGAUUUGGGACAAGUUGUUCAAGUUAUCAUUAGUGAAUUUGUGAGGACUCCACCACCAUUACUCGAAAGUAUAAAUGCAUCUCCAUGUAACAGAGAAGCUGAUAUUGGGAGAAUAAGUCCAAAUGUGUUUCCACAAAGUUUCUCCCCACCUGCGGCUACAAAUAAAUCUAGGAAUUACCAAAACAGUGUGUUCCAUGAGCUAUCCACUAUGCCAUUGGAUGAAUUAGUUUUCUUAAAUGAAUGUUCAGAGAGGCAAGAGGAGUUUCUAGAUAAUUUACCACAAAGCAAAGAGGUUAACAAACAAGCAGAUGAUUUAAUUAACUUGAUAGAGGAGACAGCAGAUAAUAAUUUGACUAAGCGGGACCAGCUUGAAGGAUUGCAGAAAGCAAUUCAUGAAAGAUUAGAAUCUGUUACAAAACUGGUGCUGGAAACAGAACAGUUAAAUAUAAAGUAUCAAAAUUUAUCAGAUAGGUUUUCACCUAAAAAUAUUAAAAAUCAAAUUGCGACAGCUGCUAAAACCGCUGACAAUCAAAGUGAGCAUUUGUGCCAGCAAUUUUUGGAUGGCUCAAUGGAUGUUGAUAAAUUCGUUUUGGAGUUCAUGCAGAAAAGAACUUUAGCUCAAAUGCGUAAAACCAAGGAGGAAAAACUUUCUCAGCAAUUGAUGAUAUUAGAGAGGGCGGGAUUCUAGAUCAUUCUUCAUAUUAAAUUAUGUCUAUGGCUGUAUUAUUUU